CAAAUCUGCACGCCGCGAAAAAUGUGUAAAGAUACACAUGUAUGAUACCCUGUACAUGUAAUGAUAUAGAGCUUUAUGAAUGACGCGCUAAUUGAUUGUAUUCAGGGAUUUAAUUAAACCCCUUUCAAGAUGGGUGUGUAUCUCUCUGUACCAAACACCGAGAAAAUAUCCAUUGACAAAUCCACGAAAAAGUUCAGAUAUGGUGCUUCCUCUAUGCAGGGAUGGAGGGUUUCCCAAGAGGAUUCACAUAACUGUAUUGAUGAUUUAGAUGAGAAAACAGCUUUGUUUGCAGUUUAUGAUGGGCAUGGAGGAUCUGAAGUUGCCCAAUACUGUUCACUUCAUCUCCCUGAUUUCAUCAAACAACAUCCCUUGUUCAAAGAAGGAAAACUGAAAGAGGCACUGGAAGUGGGAUUUCUCGAGUUCGACCAGAAACUACUGGAGAAGGAAGCCCUGAAUGAAAUGAAAAUUCUAGCAGGAAUAGAUGAAGAGGAAGAUGAAGAAGGUGAAAUCUCGAAAAGAUUUAAACAGUCGAAGGAAAGGAUCAAAACAGAAGCCGAUUUGUUGAGAUCAGAGGCAGACAUGCCUCUCGAAGAUCUGUUAGCAAAGUAUGAAGGACUUCCACCACCUCCUAGGCUGCUAAAAAAAAAUAAAAAGAAUGUGAACUCCCCCUUCUUGAAAGGAAAAAAGGAAUCCAAAUUUACAGCCAUGGGGUCUGUGGAAACAGAGGAAGCAUGCACUUCCUCUUCAGCUGUAGAGACUUCCUGGACGAGGGAUAAUAAGCUAGCCAAUGGACACGCUGAGAAUGAAAACAAUAUAAACAGAGAAAAGGAACAGAAUGAAAGUAAUCAAAAAUUGAAUGAUCAAGCCAGUGUAAGUGAAGGUGUGAAAUCUUCCGAUGUUACAUCUCCACAGGACAGUGUGCAACAGUGUGUAUCCUCUAGUUCAGAUGGACCCUGUGAAUCAGGGGUAUCGUCAACAAUGGAAAGUGGUGACGUUAAGCAGGAAGCCUCCGAGACAGACUGUGUAUCCACAUCCUCAUCAGCACAGUCAUCAGAAAGCUUGAAAUCUGAGAGUGACACUGAUCCAAUGGCGGACGUGAAUAUGUCAGAUUCUACUACCACCAAUGCGGAGGACAAAUUGGUGAAAUCCUCAGGGGUGUCAGAUGAGGAAGUUCCAGAAGAGCCAAGUUCAACAAAAUCUGAGGAUAGUCCAGGAAAGGGUAAAGGGAAAGGGAAAGGCAAGGGAAAAGGGAAGUCAUCCAGCAAAUCCACCUCCGAAGAUGUGUGCUCUUCCAGUUCCAUGGAUACCUCAGAAACAGAUACAAAACUUUCCUGCUCUGUGGAAGACUCCAAGAAUGAAGCUGAUGGCAAUGGAGCAGAGGAUGAGCAGGAGGAAGAUGAGGAAGGGUUUGAGAAGCAGCUAGAGGAAGACUUUGACAGUGAUGAGGAGGAUGAAGAAGUAGAAUUUGACAGUGAUGAAGAAGGAGAGGAUGAUGAUGAAGAUGACGAUGAUGAUGAUGAAGAGGAGGAAGAAUCUGAAGAGGAAGAAGAAGCAGAGGAUGAGGGUCUAUUUUUUUCUGAUGAUGCAGCUCAAAGUCCUGGCCAAGAAAGUGGUUGCACAGCAAUCUUGACCUUGAUUCAAAAUAAUCAGAUCAUUGUUGCCAAUGUGGGAGACUCAAGGUGUGUGCUCAGUCGUGCAGGCAAAGCCAUUGACCUGUCAGAGGACCACAAACCAGAGAACUCCCCGGAGAGAGAGAGGAUAGUAGCAGCGGGGGGCAAGGUCACAGCUGAAGGGCGUGUCAACGGGGGACUGAAUCUCUCUCGGGCUCUCGGUGACCACUUCUACAAAAGAAAUAAAGAGAAGUCAGACAAGGAACAGAUGAUAACUGCGUUACCUGAAAUAAUGACAGAGACAAUUCAGGAGGAAGACGAGUUCAUGGUGCUGGCUUGUGAUGGAAUCUGGAAUGCCAUGACAAGCCAAGAAGUGGUGGACUUUGUCAAAGAAAAGAUAAACCACCCUCCUUACACCGAGUGUCCAUCCAUGAUAUGUGAAAAGCUGUUUGAUUAUUGUCUGGCACCCAACACCGGCGGAGAUGGAACAGGAUGUGACAAUAUGACAUGUAUAAUUAUCAACUUUAAAGACAAUUUGAACAACAAAAGAAAUUCCAGCACAGAGCUAGAGAACCAGCCAGAAAAGCGGCCCAGAUUAGAUGUGGACGAAACCACACAGGGGUUUAUCCCAUCCAACAUGGGCGAUUGUGAGGCAGAUAAAUAAAAACGGACGCAAUUCAUGUAAAUCUUGUGUAUUAUAUACACUUCCAUUCAUAAAUGAUUAUAUAGAUUUA